CACAUCUCGACUCAACGCUUCUACAAACAGCUAUGGCCAUCACUUAUGGUGUCAUCGGCACGAAUUGGAUCACAGACUCGUGGAUCCAAGCCGCCAACAAAACCGGCCAAUGGCAACUCCAAGCCGUCUACUCACGCACGAGAGAGCAAGCAGACAAGUUUGCCUCGAAAUAUGCCUGCUCAAAGCUCUAUACCACCCUGGACGACCUCGCUGCCGACCAGGACCUCCAAGCCAUUUACAUCGCUUCCCCCAACAGCCUGCACUACGAGCAGGCGAAGCAGAUGCUAAAGGCCAAGAAGCACGUCCUGCUCGAGAAGCCUGCCACAUCCACUCCCGCCGAGCUCGAUGAUCUGUUCCGGAUAGCGAAAGAGGAGGGCGUGUAUCUCAUCGAGGCAUACCGCCAUAUUCACGAGGCCAACUACAAACUGCUGCGCAAAAUGGUCCACGAGGAGAAGCGGCUCGGGCCCAUUUACGGCGCCUCGUUCUCCUACUGUUCCUACAGUAGCCGAUACAACAACGUCUUGAACGGAGAAACACCCAACAUCUUCUCCCUCGACUUCAGCGGAGGCAGUCUCGUCGACGUGGGCGUCUAUCCCGUAACAUUUGCCGUAGCCCUCUUCGGCCGCCCCCAGACACAGUCCUACAUCCCCACCAUCUGCCGCACAGGAGUCGACGCAGGCGGAUGUGGAAUCUUGCAAUACGACGGGUUUGGCGUGCAAAUCAGCGCUUCCAAGUGCUAUCAGAGCACCGCACCCUGCGAAAUCUAUGGCGAAAAGGGUACUCUCACCAUCAACGCGACGACGGAUAUUGCGUCCAUUGCACACUGGAGUCCGCAGACGAAAAAGAGCGAGGAGUUGGCGGGUCCGUGUAAGACGGUGGAGAAACCGAAUGUCAAUAUGGAAGAAGAGGCGGCAGAAUAUGCGAGAAUUUUGAAUGAAAAGGAUACGGCGAGUUUGCAGGAGUUGGAAACUAUUUCACGGAAUGUCAUUCAUGUCACUUCGGAGAUGCGGAGACAGGCUGGUAUUGUCUAUCCAGCGGAUAAGAAGUAAGAACUACGAGACUAGUGGUAGAAGAGGAAUCGCCCACGAGGACAUUGAAGCUUGCGCAUGAAAGCUUGCAGAAGUAUCUACACAGGAUGACCCAUGCCUCUCAACGUGACGCAAGCAUCUGUCCUGUACAUACAUACAUACACAUGUACAUAGGUACAUGUACAUAGCAACCACCAGUAAUCAUCUCACUACAUAAGGUAGGUAGAUAGAUACUACCUCCUCCUCUACUUACACCCUUCCCUUCCUCACCUUCCACUCUCCAAUCCACUCCUCCGCCCUCGCCCUCGGAACUACAAACACCCUUACCAACCCAUCCCCAAUCUCCACCUGUUUUCCUUUUCCCGACCCCGCCAGUAAUUUGAUCAAAGGUAAUUUCUUACCCGCUUUGAUCAGACCACUAGGGGAAGUUUCCAUGUAGCAAUCUACUUGGGAAUGGAUCGCUGCUGUAGAGGCAGAAGGGGAAGAUGAUGAAGGGGAUGAAGGACUGGAAGGGGAAGGGGAAUAUUCGUGCUUGGCAUCCCAGGGCAAAGGUAAUAAAUACGCGAGAUGAUCACCCAACGUCUCGUGUUCUUGAAAUUCUUUCACGAAAUCGGUCUGGGCGUGUAGAGGGUAGAGGAAGAGGACGGGGAACGAGAGUGUGGAAGUGGGAUCUUGAGGGUCGGAGAGGUGGAUGGCUGCGUCUUCCAAUUCGGGUGGUGAUGUCGAUGAGGAUGAAACUUCUCCAGUUUCAUGAUCACGCAAGAGGGAAAUAUUCCUCGCUUUCAACGCAGCGUGCAGGGUGAUUUUCUCCCGAUGAAGACGUGCUUCGCGUUUCUCGCGUUCGGCGUGGAGAUUGCGGAGGUGGGUUUUGCGGGAGUGGAUUUUGGAUUGGAGGACCGAGAGGGAGGUGUUGGUGGGGUCGUAUUGUAAGCCGGAUAGACAGGCAUCUUCUGCUUCGGGGAUUUUGUCUAGGGCGAGACAGGCGGUCGCUGCGCGGUACCAGGCUUUGAUGUUCCGGGGAUUGAGCCGGAGUACGGAGGCGCAAUCUUUGUUGACUUGGCCGUAGUUUUCUGCGGGAAGGACGGGAAAAAGGAAAGAGGACUUGUAUCAGCUGUGUGGGGGAAAUACUUGUGGAUGUUUUGUGUUGGGGGAAGUGAUACUCAUCUCGAGGUUACAGAGAGCACGAUUGGCCAAACAUGCUUCCUCUAUCUCGCGUUCUUUCUUCGCUUCAGCCUCCUCGUCAACUGGAGUAACCUGGUCCUCCUCCACAUCUGUUACAUCCAAGAUCCUAGUGCUAGUAGUAGGAACAGCAUCAGCACCGGCAGCACCAGCAAAGUCGUCAUCCUUCGGAGCCUCCGACAACUUCACUUUCCCCUGCACCGAAGCGAUAGCUUUGGUAUAAAACUCGCGAGCAUCUUUCCAGAGUUUGCCACGCGCAGCUUCAUUUCCCUGUUCCCGGAAGUUCGCCGCCACUUCAGCUUUGCUUCCUUCGUAUGCGAGAGCUUUGAUGGCCUCGAGCAUCACGUUCUCGCCGCCUUCGCCAUCUGUCUCGUCCAGCGUGGUCAUGAACAGCGGGAUGCGGUUCAUUUCUGCCAGGAUCUCAUCGGCUGUUUUGGAUCGCUGCGAGGACAUGCUCGGCGGCAUUGCUGCCGUGAGCGCUUCAACCAAGUCAUCGGAGUUGUGCUUUGCUGUGCUUUCGACAUUGCUGUUGCUGCCGCCGCCGCCGCUGCUGCUGUUGUUCGAUACCGGCGCGUUGCCUGUGGGGGUGCCAUCUUCACUUUGAUUUUUCGCCAUUUUUUCUCAUCAAAUCCUGUAGUGGCUUGUUCAGAUAAGGUGCGAUGAUGAUCCGGCCUAGUGUGCACCUGCUCGGGACAGCGUGUUUCGACCCUGGGCCCUGCUUCUUGCCGUUGUUUUGUGCGGGCGUGGCUCAUGUAGGUCGUGAAUCAUGCACUUACAGCACAUGUAGUCCGUCGGGACGCUUCUGGUUGUAGAGUGAAAAGGUGUGUUUCAAGGUCCUGCAGGGUUUUUGUGGUGUCAAGCACCGAAAAAAUGCUUGUUUGCCAUGUGUGGAAGCUGGCGGGCUGGUGGCGUUUCAACAUCCGACAACGGCUGUCUCCAACUUACCUCCCACUGCCGAUGGCUUGACUAUCGAAAAUCAGCCCAGAAGACUGCACGAAAUGGCAUUUCAGCAUUUGGAAGCGCAUUUGGAAGAAUUGCUCGUGGCCCGCAAUGAAUCAGAACCAAGCAGUCGUCACCUGCGCGGCCCUUACUCCGCUGCCAGGCAUGUUGG